UUAAUUUAUUUCUUGGACUUCCUGUGUGAUCACAUUAAGUCAGGGCUGAAUUGAGUCAAAUGUAAUGGAUAUCCAUCAGGCCUGUAAGCUUGUGUGCCGGAAGUGCAAACGCCAUGUAACUGAAGUCACUGGACGAGUGGUAUGUGAGGGAACCCGCAAAUACAGGCUGUGUGACGUUUGCAUUCAAGAGAGCGGCUACAGUGAGUUGAUCACAGAUGGGACUGAUGGAAAUGAGGAGAAGGAAGGCCUGUUGUUGGGUGUGGAAGAGGACAUGAGUGAGAACAGGCAAAUUGCAUGGGUCAUGGACGACGAUGACCUCGCAGAAGAUUCUGGGGCAGAUCUCAUAAUCCAGGAAGUGGAAGACAGUGACGAGGAAGCCAGUGGAAAGUGAUGACAUGCUUGUGGUUGUGUGUGAAAGGGUGAAUGGGCAAAAGCUGUCUUCCUGGCAGUUUAAAGGCUUGUUAAAAUUUCAUAAGGGAUAUGAUUGUGCGUUUUUGUACAAAUAAAAACAUUUUCUCAUUGAAAAUCUAAAGUAUUG